AUGACGGAGAUAUUCGGACGAGCACAUAGAGUUAUAGCAUGGCUGGGACGUCAUGCACAUGACACCUGGACGGCCCUUCGCUGGACCAGUCUAGCUUCCUGGACCGACAACUCGGCUUUCCGAACCGUCAUGCUUUCAGAUGGCUGGAAACCCACCAUCACCGAGAAGUUGCGUAACACACACCACGAGCAGGUGCUCCAGAAUAUGUGCGAAACGCACCAGACGUCCGCUGUCACUGGCAGCCGCGACAUUCUGUCACGAUCAUGGUUCAAAAGGCUGUGGAUCAAGCAAGAAGUGUGGGCUGCAAAUGAGCUAGAAUUUCGUUGCGGAACCUUUCAGUUCUCUUGGGAACAGCUUCAAAGGAUGGGAAGGCUCUUUGAGCUCAUGGGACAGCAGACUGCUGCGCGCUGUGGAGAAUCACACAGCCAGAGUUCCUCUGAGGAUCCCUUCCGCAGCUUGGAUGAGCCGAAAACGCAGCGAGUCACGAGACUAAAGACCACCUACGAAUCUGGCGAGGCUCUUGCCAGAGCAUUGUGGUCCACCGCGGGAAGCGAAUGUAGCGAACCGCGCGAUCGAGUAUAUGCCAUAACAGCGAUGGGAGAGGUCUGCGGAGGGGAACAAGCAUUGGAAACCGGUUGCAUAAAGUCGGCCAACAAACUGAAGCCGUUCGCACGACGCCCAUUCCUUGUGAUCGACUACAAAAAGUCAAUCAGUUCCGUUUUCCAGGACAUUGUGCGAUACGCCAUACGCAUAGCCAUGUGCCUUGAUGUCCUGGCCGUCUUGUGGAGAGGCCCAGGUGGAGAAGAGUUUGGGGUGUCAUUUGGCGGAACAAUUGACGACGAAGAGCUACCGAGCUGGUGCCCCAACUUAAGUCAGCCACUACGGCAACGCGUCCCAUACGAUACCAAGGUUGAAUCCUUUGCAAGACCGUCGACACGAUGUAUCGCGCCGUCUGAGACUGAACCCAACGUGCUGAGAUUGCUUGGCGUCACGAUUGGGAACAUCUCCGCCACCCGCAGAAAUGCUCACGUCGUGCUCAACCCAUCGUUUCGCCAGCAGCUGCUGGCAUCUCGGAAGUCUAUAGUGUUGCAAGUCGUCGGAAGGUACUCACUAUGGGAUCCCGAACAGUCGCCCGAAUGGGCGGACUUGGACAUCACCCCGUACUCGUUCUCGCCCGACUCAUCAGGAAUGAGGGCGGAAGACGUCGUUGUGGGAGUUGAAGGAAGCGAAGCACUUUUCGUGCUGCGGCCUGCGGAUGGCUCUGAUGGCUAUUUCACGCUUGUCGGGUUGACUUAUGCCGACGGGCGGAAGGGCCAAUCUGAUGCAGGCACUCUGGAAGAUGCGAUGCCGUGGCUCCUAUGGGAUGCGAGGAUUUGCAAUGAGCUCGAAGAAUACAUCGUUGUCUAG